CAGAAACAUGAAGAAAGUAUUUAAAGCUAUUUUAUUAAUUUACCUAAACAUCUGUUUGACAAGUUUUAAAUUCGUACAAACAGCCAACACAGAAAUGAAACCCUGUGAGAAUUUCCAUAAAUAUGAGUGCAGUGUGGAAAAUCGAGAUCCCAACUAUGAAGAAAUUUCUCAGAAAUUAGAUGAUCAGAUGAAUAAGCAGCUGUUAAGUCAUCUAGCAACGGUAAUACAAGAGAAGCCAGCGAACUUGGCGACAUUUAAAGACAAAAUAAUAACAUACUUUGAGGCUUGCAAUAAUAAAGCACCGAAUUAUUUUGGUGAAUAUUUCGUUCCAUUCGAACAAUUGUUGGCGGAUAAGACUUAUAAUUUCUGGCCUUUGUUGGGCAGAAUGCAGUCGUAUGGCUUUAAUAAUGUCAUACUAAAUCAUCGUAUAACCAGGAAUAUGGAUAAUACAUUAAAUAUUCAUCUGUCUUCUGCAGAUAUAGCAGAAGAUGAGCCUUUAGAUUCCGAUGACCCUACGUUGCUUAAUGUAUUAACAUAUUUGGGCUACCAGAGUAAAUGGGCAGUACAAAAAUGGUUGAAUAACAGCAUAAAAUGGCAAGAUAUAGCAACAAAAUAUACACAAUUGAAAUACAAGGCAAAACUGAAAAUAAAUUUUAAAACAAUUAAUCUGCAAUUGUAUACAAGGCUGCAUUCAUAUCUUCAGAAUUUAUUGGAGGCAGAGAUUGAUAAUCUCUCCGUUAUCACUAUAGAUGUGAGGUAUUAUAAGUUUUUGAUUUAUACAAAUUGGAGUCCUGAAGAGCAGAAACAGAUUUGCGAAUAUUUAUUUAUUAAAUUUCUGUACUAUUUGGAGCAGGACGACACAGAAGCCUUUGAACCUCUGGCGUGUGUAAAAGAUUUAAGAAAUAAAUUUGAUUUAGGCAUGAAUUAUAUAUAUUAUGAACAGUUUUUCAAACAAAAUGAAAUCAAAUACAAGACGGCGCUUUUUAGCAUGCUGCAAUAUAUUAAAAUCUUCAUGUCGGAUCAGUUUAAAGCGAAUCAUUUGCAACUCUCUGGCAAACAAAUAGAAUUCUUGCUAAACAAAUUGCAGGCAGUUAAAAUAAAUAUUGGAAAUUUGCCAGAUAAUUUCAAUUUAACGCAAAUAAAUACAUUUUAUCAGGCUAUACCCAAGUUGAGUAGCAGCAAUUAUUGCAAAAAUUAUUUGUUAUUAUUGAAGCAGAGAUUUCGUGAAUCACUGGCCUAUAUGCAAAAUCAAACCUAUUCCCUAGGGACUGACAGUACUACGGCUACUACUCCCAGCCUGCCCUUUUAUGUGCUCAAUAAAAACAUGGUUGUCAUACCAUUUGGCAGUUUCCAAUUGCCCCUGUUCCACUACCAGCAAACGUCUCUGCAACAGCUUUCCGUUUUUGGUUUUAUUAUGGCUCAUGAACUAACUCAUGCAGUCGGUAUGGUGGGCUUAAGAUUUGACCAGCAAGGAACCGAAUUGCUUCAUCCGUCUGAUAUAUUAGAAAAUGCUAAUUUUAGGGCUUCAGUAAAUUGUAUGCAAGACCAAGAGCCCACGGACUGUGUACAUGAACGUAUUGCCGAUUUUUUUGCCGUGCGUGUGGUAUAUCAUAUUUAUUUGGAGUAUUAUGCUAAGGGAGGGCAGGAGGAUUGGAGCAAAGAAUUCUUUGAGAAUUUGGCACAAUUAUUUUGUGGCAAUAGCAGGCUACAAUAUAUUGCUCAUGAUAGCGAUCCAGUGCGUUUGAAUCAAAUUGUUAAGAAUUUUCCACCAUUCGCCCGGACCUUUGAUUGUCCAGCGGACACAGCCAUGAAUUUGAAAACUAAAUGUCGUCUUUAUUAAGUAAAUAAGGCAUUUGCAUUAUAGCCUCAUGAUAAUUUUAAAAUAAACUUAUAAAAUAUAAUAAUAAGUUUAGUUUAAGAACAUAUUUAUUAUGUUAUUCUAAAUGUUUUAAAUAUUUUAAGGUUUUAGCUGAAAUGUUUUUAUA